GGAUUCCGGUCUUAUCCGUGAAAGUUCACACCACCUCAGCGUCACAUAAGCCGUCCGAGUCCGCUUGUUCACGCGUCAAGUUUCCUUUGCUUGUGUCGCACAACUUGAUACUGCAUAGAGUCCUGACACCGUAUAGCUACGGUUUGCCUCGCUAAAAUGUCUCGUCCUGUCCAGCGUGCCUUCUCCUUCCUCCGUUCCGGAAUGAGAGUGAACCACAACGUACGCUCAUCGUUUGCGACAUUUAGCAGACGUACGAUGGCUUCGACUGCCUCGCAUGCAUCUCAUGGCAGCUACGGGAGUGAUACGCCAUGGAUGAUUGGCUCGGCUUUGGUAUUUGGUCCCGUGAUGCUCUAUCUCUUAUCACCAUCUGCGCGUAAGACUAGCCAUUCCCAUGAGGCGGAGCACAGUCAUAGCGCACACCGGAGUGAUGCUAGUCAUCAUGCCGAACCGCACCCUGCUGCAGAGACUCCUGGAAUGAAAGAUGAUGAGGGUACUGAGGUGUCUAGUGAGGAGAUCAAGCAGUCGAUGGAGCAGGCAUUCGACGCUCAGGAGCAUGAGGAAGCUGUCGCUAAAGAAGCGGAGACUUCCGCAGAAUCGAGCGAAACUGUUUCCCAGGAGGGUGUAGAUUCUGCUCCCUCAGAGGCUAAUUCAACGCCAUCCGAGGAGGAGAAACAAGAGGUUGCACUAGAAGUUGCUCAACCUGAGUCUCCAGCAGAUACUGAGGCAAGCGAAGCUAGCCAGGAAGCUACUAAAGACAUUAAGUGAUGGUCUUAAAAUCUACUAUAGAGCUGCGUCUACUUAUUUAGUAUUUACAUAGUAAGUAGUUUGUGCGUCACCUUACAGCGCAUCCAAAAGUCAUGUUACUUUCCUGCAUAACAUCCCUGAAUGACCCGAGCGAUGAUGGUCUUAAAGUGUCGUGACUUGGG